AUGGUGUCUACUCCAAGAUACACAGCACGCGCAGUCCUCGAUGCGUUUUACGACGCAGAACGAGCAUACAUGUCCGCUGAGCCUGAAGCCCGUGAUUUUUCUGGCAUCGCCGCCACGCUCGCACCUGAUGUGCGUCUAGAGCAGACCUCCGCCCUUCCGUACGCCGGUGUCUACAUCGGACCCAAAGGAAUGCAGGACUGGAGCACUCGUAUGGGUGACUACUUCGAUACUGUGGACGUGCAGAACCCUGAAAUCUUUGAACGCCCUGGAUCGAACCGUGUUGUCGUGCUGUCGAAUGUUCACUUGAGGGUGCGAUCAACCGGACAAGAGAUGGAUUUUCCGUUCUGUCAGGCCUUCACUAUGGACCUUGAGAAGGGAGUUAUACUGGAACUCAGGCCAUUCUACUGGGAUGUGGCUGCAGUCAAUGCAGCGCUAGGUUGUUAG